CAUCCUGGUCACAGUAACAAAAGACCUAGAGCUGCAAGGACUGCACCAGCAAACUUGAUUGCAAAACUUGAGGAAGAUGGCAUUCACUUACCAAUUGGCUCAAAACUAUGUGAAUCUCAUUACAAAUACUGUACAUCAUCGUCAAACAAAACAGAAAAUUCUGGAGAGGACACAGAUCACUACGACAUCAGUGAAAAAGAGGAUCCAGAAUAUUCUCCAGAUGUGAUGAUUAUGGCUGAGUCAACCUGCCCAAUUGAUAAUUCGUAUGUUACGGCAAUGGAUGCCUUACAUGGCAGCCCAUUAAAAUUCCAAAUAAAAAGAAAAUUUGUGUCAACUCUCACUACCAGUACCAAGAAAAAAAUUAAACAAAAAUAUAAAAGAUCUAAGAAACUGUUAAAGCUUAAUUUCGCUGCUGCAGUUGCUCCAGGUCAGGAGGAAAAUGUAUUAGACUUUAUUAGUUCUUCAGAUUCCGAUGCUGAUGAUGACAAUAUUAACCAACUCAUAAAUAUUUACCAAGCAAGUGACUCUAAAAGCAGAUUGGUCAUACUCUCUUUGAUUAACCAUCAGAAGUACACAAAACAAGAUAUUAUGAAGUUAUUUGAUUGCACUAAAUACCAGGUCGAUACUGCUAGAAGGUGGAAAUCUUCAAGUGCUUCAUUGUUAUUACCAAUGCAUCAGGUCCACAAACGACUUAAGCUUGAUAAUAAUAAGUGUGAACACUUCCUUGAAUUCAUCUUCAAUAGUGGCUUGUUGCAAGAUGUAGCAUAUGGUGUAUCACAUAUCAAGUUUGAUAGUGGGAUUGUUCAAAAAGUUGCCAAUGCAGUUUUGACAACAAAGUAUAGCCAUGCUGUUACUUUGUAUCUAAUGCACUGCAAAACUAUUGGAUACCAUAGCUUGUCAGAAAGUUCGUUAUGGAGAAUACUAAAAGCAGUUAAACCUUCUAAAAAAAAAAGUUUAGCUGGCUUAGAUGACACAACAGCUGCUGGAUUAAAUGGUUUUUCUUGCCUUCAAAGUAUUGCUGAAAAAUAUCAUAGGAAAGAUUUGUCAUCAAAGCUGGAACGUGGGAAAAGAUAUUUGAAAACCAAACUCCAACAACAUGCAAGCAAUCUUGAUAGCGACAUAUCAACACACAAUCCACUGUUUGCAUUGAGUGAUGUGACAAAUGAAAAUUUACAGUCAUCACCACUUAUUAGUGAUAACGUUUGUCAUGACUGUUGGGAUCUGUGUUGUUGUUUGGAUGAAUUUAGGGAGUUAGCCAAUAUUCUUAAUGUUGAUCCUGGUAUACUUUAUGAUAUUCAAAUAUCUGCGUGUAAGAUAUUAGAAUAUAUGAAACACCAAAUCAGAGACAGUCAACAGAGGAAGGCAAAAGCUUGGUGCUUCGAGCAAUUGACAGAACAAAAAGGAUUUUGGUUAAAAGAUUUUUGCCAAAAAAUCCUGCCAAUUAGACAUAGGGAAGGCCAGAGAGAAUAUUUCGGGAAAAAAGGAAUGAGUCUUCAUGUUGAUGUGUUCUUUUUCCUUGAUGAGAGUGAAAUGAAAAAACAAACUUAUUUUACUGCUAUAUACCGCUGUGACCAGGGCCUCAGUCAUGUAAUCUCGAUUGCUGAUGUAGUACUUGAUGAGUUUAAACAGGAUGCACCCAAUGUCUCACAGUUAUAUGCAAAAUCUGAUAAUGCAGGCUGCUAUCAUUCAAAUUGUUCUGCUGAAAGCCUUCAUCAGUUGUGUCAAGAGAAGGGGAUCAAGCUGCUUCGAUACGAUUACAACGAACCUUCCUGUGGUAAAGAUCAGUGUGAUCGUGAAAGUGCUGCAGCAAAGUUAGUGAUGAGAAGUUAUGUAGAUGCUGGAAACAAUGUUUUGUCAGCGUCUGACAUUCAUGAUGCAUUGCACUAUGGGUCUGGGUUAAAAGAUUCAAAAGUAUGUGUUAUAGAGAUUAACCCAGAAUCUGUGAAAGUGGAAGGUCAGAAAAUUAAAAAUAUUAGCCAUUAUCAUUCUGUAGAAUUUAAAGAGGAUAAAAUGACCUUUUGGAGAUAUUUUGAUGUUGGUGAAGGUGUUGAUGUUGCCUAUUCUGAGAUGCAUGUUGCAUCAGGCGCAGUUGUGAAGGUACCAUUUAGUAGCACUUGCAGGGAAAGUAAAAAAAAGAUGUUUUCAAAACCCUGUGCAGAUAGGCAGCUCUGUAAGUUAUUGUUUUGUCCAGAGUCUGGCUGUGGUGCAACAUUCACAACAUACAAGAACUACGAAGAGCACAUGAUAGUAGAUAAUCAUGAUGUCAAGAAACACCAUUCUUCCAUGGACUUAGUGAGACAAUCAUAUGUUGACAAAAUGAAGUUGUCAUCGAUGACAUCUUUGCCUUUAUUUGGAAAUGAUCUAGAGAUUGCAAAUGUUAACAUGCAAUGUGCCAUAACAAAAAGUCUAACUUUUGCGAGUAUUGCCAUUGAAGGAUGGUCUUUGCCAGUUAGAUCUACUUUUCGAUUUACAGAUUCUCAAAAGGAUAUUCUUUUGAAAUUAUUCAUGGCUGGAGAAGAAUCUGGACACAAGGUCAGUCCAGAAGAUGCUGCCAUAGAAGUAAGAAAGAAGUUGUCUGUUACUGAAUAUGUAACACCACAACAAGUAAAGUCGUUAUUUUCAAGGUGGUCCAGGCAAUAUAGAGAUGGAAGUUUGGAAUAUGUUAGUUCAGUGACUGAAGGUACUGACAACGGCUUUGAUGAUGAAAUGCUUGCUACAGCUCAGAAUCAGGUCAUCCAGCAAACAUCAAAAGAAGUACUUCUUAAACUUGAAAAUACAUAUCAAGUUGAUGAAUGGAUAGCUUUGCGCUUUGGGAAUACUUGGUUUCCGGCUCAAGUUGUAGAGGCAGAUGAUGAGGGUAUUGUAGCAAGUUGUAUGCAUUAUGCCAUGGGCGAUGGAAACAAUGCAUUUAUUUUUCCAAAUCCAAAAGAUCAAGGGUUCUACGAUCUUGAUGAUAUUAUUUGCAAAAUUUCAGCACCAACUCCAAAGAAUAAUAGAUAUUUUUGGUUAACCUCUGAAGAUUUCAAAAACGCUAGCACAGGAUUUAUUAAUUAGUUUAUCUUACAUUAUCUUAUUACUUUUUUGUUGUUUCAAAUUUAUGUUGUUUUUUGAUGGUUUACAAAAUAUAAUAUAAUUUGUAAGUAAACAA